AUGCCGUACGGACUCAGGAUCCAAGGUAUACAAGACAGCCAGGCAUGUCAUGAUCGAGUUCCACUAAAGGCAAUAGCAGUGGAGGUAACAAUAAAAUGGUUUGUCGCAAACGUUCAGUCGACUUUGACAUAUAAGAACCAGCAGGAUGUUGCUGUUGAAACCGUAUUCGUGUUCCCGAUAGAUGACCAGUCAGCAGUGUACCACUUUGAAGCCGAUAUAGAUGUGCGUCACAUCAUUGCGGAAUGUCAGGACAAAACACAGGCCCGUGAAACGUAUACAGAUGCUUUGGCAACAGGUCACGCUGCCAUGUUGCUUUCGGAGAUGGACACUGCUGGAGACACUUUCGAAUGUAAACUUGGAAACCUGCUGCCUCACAAGUCGACCAUAUUGAAAUUUUCUUACGUCACAGACCUGGCUGUUGACAGUGCUGGAGUUGUGACCUUUACCCUCCCAACUGUGCUCAAUCCUAGAUAUUCCCCAACAGAUUUUGCUGGCCCGAAGCUUUCUUCGGAUUCCGUUCAGUAUGCUGACAUUCCGUACCAGAUGAAGUUUGAGACUCGGGUCGAAGGACAGCAUAUGAUAAAAAGAAUAACAUCAAAGAAGGAUACUAUGGUAGUUGAUAUAUCGGGGGAUAAAAUGGCGGCCAAUGUAACUCUCGCUGAUGCCUCUAAGUUGAAGUUUGACCAUGACCUUUCAUUGACCUUGGAGUACGAGGAUGUUUUUCAGCCAACUAUUAUUCUGGAGAAAGGAAAGCAAGAUCAAGAAGGUUUCUUGAAGAGUGAUGUUGUAAUGGUAGACUUCCUGCCUGAUUUGAGAUCUGUGCCUGAACUGACAGAAGUAGAGUUUGUCUUUGUCAUUGAUUGCUCAGGAAGUAUGCGUGGAGAUCGGAUUGCAAAAGCAAAAGAAACAGUGUUGCUCCUACUCAAAAGUUUGCCUGUUGGCUGCUCGUUUAACAUGGUUACAUUUGGAAGCUCUUUCAAAUGGCUAUUCUCCAGUGCAAAGAACUAUGAUGAAGAAAGCUUAAAGAAUGCUCUUACGUUUCAUCAGACACUUGAUGCAAAUAUGGGUGGAACAGAAAUAUUACAACCACUGGAAUCUAUGUACGCCCAAAAAUCUAACGCAUUCAGACAGGUAUUCCUUAUGACGGACGGAGAAGUGUCCAAUACCAAUGCGGUCAUAAGCCUUGCCAGGAAAAAUGUCUUAACUUCAAGAAUAUUUACUUUUGGUAUUGGAUCUGGAGCUUCUACAUCACUAAUAAGUAAUGUUGCUAAGGUUACCAACGGUCAAGCAACGUUUGUGCGUGACAAUGAAAAGCUCCAAGAAAAGGUGAUGGCUGUACUCAAAUGUGCCAUGCAACACCCGGUUACUAAUCUUAAGUUGGAGUGGACUCUUCCAUCAGGAUGUACAGUUAUUAACAUCCCUGAGCAGAUCCCACCUGUAUUUGAGGGAGGCAAAUUGAUUGCGUAUGCGCUUGUUCAGGGAGCGGAAAAUCUCACAGAGGGAGGUCCAACUUCUGUUGUCCUGACAGGAGACAUAGAGAAGCAAAAUAAUCUACAACAUAGUAUGACCUUUGACCUUAUCACAAACAUCUUCUAUGAUGAGACAUUCCCAGUCCAUCGUCUGGCAGCAAAGACCCAGAUAAAAGAGUUUGAAACACACACUACAGAUGAUGACAGCAAGAAAGGGGAGAUAACUAUGAUGAGUAUAUCAGCCAAUGUGGUGUCCCGGUAUACAGGAUUUGUUGGUGUUGAUAAGGAGACGAAAGAAUUGGUAGAUGGACAUCAACUAACAGAUAGACAUCAACUAACAGAUAUGGGUCUGCUAUCAAGAUAUUGCUGUAGCGCUUCAACUUCACUUCACUUAAAGCGCUAUUCAUUAGAUUCGAGUCCUACGACUGUUGCACCUAAAUCGCAAAAAGCUGCACGUCGGAGUAAAGGCUCAUCUGUACUAUCCUUCUUCUCCAAAUUUCGUAAGUCGAAAGCUUCAGGUGUAGCCAGGACAUCCAAAACUAAUGCAGCUGCUUCAAAUAUUUUUUCGAUGGAUUGUGAAGACAGUAGCAAAAAUGCAGACUCAAUAAAUGACGAUCAAGGAUCAGAGCUCAUGAGAUUAAUCAAUCUCCAGAAUUAUGACGGAAGUUGGACAUUGAAUCAAGAUUUUGCUCGAGUGUUUGGGAUAAGCUUGGAUGUCUUAAAAAGCAAAAACAUCGAUAAUCUAGAGCAUAAUAUCUGGGCUACAGCUUUGAGCGUAGCAUGUUUACGACAAAAUCACAGGCAUGAGAAGACAUUAUGGGAGAUGAUUGAAAAGAAGGCACUUGCAUGGCUGUCAUCGCAAAAGGUGGGUGACAGAACAGUGGCAGAACUUGUCACUAUUGCCAUGGAAACACUGACAUCAGCUCCAUGA